CAGUAGCCAAAUUACCAUUAUGAAAAAGCAACGAAAAUAAUUUUAUGAUUGGGGGUCAUGACAACACGAGGAACUGUAUUAAGGAGUUGAGGCAUUAGGAAGGUUGAGAACCACUGACAGAAGCUUUUGUUUGCUCUCAUCUUAGGGUUUUACUUCCCAUAGACUAUCAGAAAAUGGGUAACAGUGUCAGCAACAAAGUAACUCAGGAAGCUGGGGUGCCAGGAUGUGGACCUAUUUCUUCACUCUUCAUAAAACUAAAAUCUUGGUCUGUAAUGUGAGACACUUGGGUGUGGCUCUCCAGCCUGUCAAACUGGAUUUGAUGUUGUCUGCCAAAGGAAGCCAAGUGGGAUCAGGAUUGUGGCCUGGCCAGAUUCUGCAGGUUUGGUGAAACGUGGUCUUGUUGCCUGGAAUAUCCCAUCCUUGUUCUACCUGCCAUUCUGUACUGGCCCCUCAUUAAGAGUUGUUCCAAUUGAUUGGCUAUGUUAUCUUUCACUUAAAGUAUUUCCACAUGACCACGAGUGGCUUGUACGUAUAUAAACUAAAUGUUUUAAUGACUAUUAGCUGGAGAUCAAGGCAUACCUUUCCCUUGCCAGAACAGGUUACAGCUGCAUUUGGACUGAUCCCAUUCAUGCAUGGAUCCCAACCCACCAGUAGGAGGCCAGUUCUCAAUCUUGAGCUAGAUCAACUAACUCCUCUUUUUAAUUAUUAUGUUUAUCAGAAACUUAAGGUGGGGCCCAUGACUCUACCUGCUUGUGGCCUCGUGACCUCACGUUAAUGUGGAAAGUCUCCCACAGAUUAUUUACUAUGUAUGCCAUUGUAUAUUUACAUAAUGAAGGGACUGGAAUGGGCUGGGGCACCAAAGAAGGCGUGAAGUUUCCUGGUUUGGAGUAUCGGGAUUAUUAUUUGCAGGCUCCCAAGGAGUGGCAAGGAACAGAACUGAGCUGGGAUGGACACAAGCAAAGGAGAGCAGUGAAAGGAAGAGAGGAAAGAGGAGGGUUGGUCAAGACCAGUGGAAGGACAGAAGGAACAGUAGGGUGCUGGAGAACAACAUGGGAAUAAGACAGUAGCAGGAAGUCUUAACUAAAUCUGGCAGAAGUGGAAGAAGGAAGUGAUACCUUUGGUUACAACUGAGACAUCUAUUUGCUUAUGAUCUUGCCAAUGCGUAGUUUUUGAAGACUGCACAUGCACAAAAUUGUUCUCCUCAUUUUUCUUCUACCAAUAAUUCAAGAGGAAGAUUAUUGAACUACAAGAGCGCCAAGCUUGGCAAAUUUUUCUGAGAUGGGAUUCAAGUUAUGAAAAGUUAUCUGGUCUGUCUGAGCUGAAAGGAGACAAACACACAUCAGCCCAAGACAGGAUUUUUCAGUAGCUGUUUCCUCUUCACGCUUUUUCUACCCAACUCUGCAAAGAUGGAUGAAUUGCUGACCGUGAAAAUUGCCUGCCUGGCUGGCGUUUUGGUGAUCACACUUUUUUGUGGCCUCAUCCCAUCCCAAGUCAAAUGGUUCCAAUUCAACAUGGCCAGAGGGAAGCAUCGGCGCAUCCUUAGUUGCAUUGGCUGCUUUGCUGCUGGGGUGUUCCUGGGUGCUUGCCUAAUGCAUAUGGUGGCCGAUGCUUUGGGAGACAUUCAAGAAGAAAUUAAGAAGCGGCAGCGACAGGGAGUUUCCACAAACAAACUGAAUACCACCUCUGAUGACAACGGUGAUUCUGAUGGAUACCCUUUUGGCGAGCUGAUAAUCUCACUCGGCUUCUUCCUCGUGUUUAUUAUCGAGAGUGUGGUUCUUCAUUGCUGUCCCCGGGCUGUUCAUGCCCACGGCGACCAUGAAAGUCAAGACAAUCACAAGGACCUUCCAGAAGCCCACAGCUCGUUGCGGGCGUUUGUGCUCUUCCUCUCAUUGUCCUUCCACUCAGUCUUUGAAGGCCUAGCUAUUGGAGUUCAGAAGCAGAUAACAGCAGCCAUUCAACUUUGUUUAGCAGUGCUCAUUCACAAGGCCAUUGUGGUCUUCAGCUUGUCACUGAAGUUGGUGCAGAGCGGGACCAAGGUCCGGUGGAGACUACUUUACCUGGUGGUCUUUGCUUUGAUGUCUCCAGCUGGCAUCGGCGUGGGCAUCGGCGUCUCACUUUCCAAUAGUGAUGGGAGCAGCCUGGCUCAAGCUGUGCUGGAAGGAUUGGCAGCGGGAACUUUCCUCUAUGUCACCUUCCUGGAGAUUCUUCCAUACGAGUUGCGGUCACACGAAAGUCCCCUCACCAAGUUCUUCUUCAUUAGCCUAGGCUUCUGUGUCAUGGCCGUCAUUGCCAUUUGGGCAUAAAAGAUUGUUGGCAUUGUGAUGCCUGGAGAAACAUUUGACAGCUACAUCUCAAGGCUCUCCUGAGCUCGCACCUUUCAGACACCAUUGUAUCUCCAUGUCUUGGUGAGAGAUCUGAGACUGCAAUGGAGCCCAUGGUGGUGCAGUGGGUUAAACCCUUGUGCUGGCAGGACUGCUGACUUGGAGGUUGGGUUGCUAAAUUGAAGGUUGCUGGUUCAAAUCCGGGGAGAGCAUAGAUGAGCUCCCUCUGUCAGCUCCAGCCCCCAUGCGGGGACAUGAGAGAAGACUCUCACAAGGAUGGUAAAACAUCAAAACAUCUGGGCAUCCCCUGGGCACCAGAAGCAACUUGCAGUUUCUCAAAUUGCUCCUGACACACACAAAAAUGGCUACCUUGCAUAGGGACCAGUUGUCAUUUAACUCUUCUUUGCUUCUUGUUCUACUUGAAUUUGCUAGUUUUUGUCUUUUCCCUUUCCUUUCUUAAAUCCUUAAAUUAUUUUAAAACUGUAAAUUUCCUAAGUGUGUCAAUAGAAAGGUCUCAUUGAACCCUAUAAUCUACAUUGCAUGACCUAAGGAAUUGAUCCCUUGAACCCACCUUAAACUUAAGGGAGCCUGUCCAUGCAGUGGAGAUUUGGGUCAUGGUCAUGUGGGGUACAUAGUCUGUACGGCUUCAGAAUGACAGGGACAGAAAUCAACUGUCCUCUUAAGUUGGGUGAUCAACAACCAAGCUGAUCAGACACAAUCACACCAAUAGUAGUUAUUUAAUGAACUGUUCAAUGGUUGACAAAGUUACUUAUUUUAGUUGAACACCUAAAAUCAUAACAAUUGUAAGAGACUUUAAGUACUAUCCAGUCCAACCCCAUUCUGCCAUGCAGAAAUACACCAUCAAAGCACUCCUGAUAGAUAUCCAGCCCCUAUUUUAAAAUCUCCAAACAAGGAGGCUCCAAAGCAAUGUGCUCCACUGUCGGACAGCUCUUGCCAUCAGAAAGCUUUUCCUAAUGUUUAGGUGUAUCAAUUAAUAAGAUAUUCUGUAAUGUUGUUCACUGUUUUUCUUUGUGCAUUUGUGAUAGCUUCUUCAGUUUAUGUAUCUGUGGUCAAGACCCUUCCCAUCUGUAUUUGCAAGUUCCUCUGACAACAAAUACAAUAUCUGGUAUUUGUCAAA